AUGAGCUCCAGCGUCAUCAAGCCUGGGACCCCCUCCAAGCCAGGCCAAGGCUCCUUUCCUCCCACCAGCCAAUCCAUCCUACGGGACAAGCUGACCCGGAGGUCGAGCCCUGAUUCAGAGGCGCUCGCAAGCUCCGAUGAAGAAGGCGAGCUUCCGCCCCUCGAGAACCCUACCCCUCCUGUGCAGCCUCACAAGCCCGUGCGCCGUUCUUCGUGGCUGAAUGAGACAUCCCAACCACCGCUCCUGACCCAGCGCAAGGGCUCAUUUGCUAGCAGCACUAUGUCGCCUACCGCCUCUCAUCCGAGCACUCCGGCCGGUGAGUCUGGCGUUGCGGGCUGGAGCACUCACCCUGCUCUGAGUCGCAUCCACACAGGAUCGAGCGCCUUUCCCUGGUCGUCGGGCAUCUGGAACAAUGACAGCAAGAAGGACGCUGCCUCGCGCUUGGCCGAAGUGGUGCCUUCACCGACCUCGACCGUGCCGCCCGGCAGCUCAGGCAACUCCUUCUUUAGCGAGAGCGGGGCAACUCAGGCCUCGCCUGGCCCGCGUGAUCCUCCUAACUCGCAGAUCCCCUUCGCCAUUCCGCUGCACCCAACUCCCAAGGCUUAUCGCUCCCAGUCUUACUCGGUCGGGCAGCUUGAACCCGAUGCGGCGAUUCCCUCUUUGACCGCCUCAUCCAUCUUGGGCAGCCGCAGCAGCCGUCUCCCGCACGGUCUCCAUCAUCGCCCGUCUCGGCCUAGCAUGCUGAGCGAGAUGUCCAGUGAGGGCAUGCUUGGGAAGGUGAAUGAAGAUGACGAUGACACCAGCUCGGGUUCUAUCCAUGGAAGUCAGCAGCACCAGGACCCCGCCAAGACCAUCGAGAUGCUCCAGCGUGAGAACAUGAUGCUGCGGCAACAGCAGCAACAGCUGCAGAGCGCACGCCUUCGCCCUCGUGCUUCCACGUCCGGCGCUUUCGGACUCAGCCACAGCUACCUCCAUCAGGAACCGCUUCCUGAGGAGUCCGAUUACGCGGUCGAUGACGAGUUGAACGAGGUUUCUGACUUGGCCGGUCGGAGGAGCCUUGCGCGUCGCAUGAGCGAGUUUGGCGCCGGCCCCUUCAGGAACCCUUAUUUGCUAGAGAACAAGAAGCUCGAGAACGUUAAGAAGGGCAUCUGGCAGAGCUCUCUGGGAUUCGGCGGCUUGCCUGAACUUCCCCAGAGCAGGAGGCACUCGUUUGCGGAUGUCCCGAUCCCGACCCGGCAGGCUUCGAUCAGCUCCAUGAGCGAAGCUGCCAAGGCGCAUGAAGCUGCUGCCCGGGAAGAGGCUGCGCAGGCGCAGGAGCUGCACUCGGCGUAUCCCGAGAACCACAACAUGGCUGUUUCUUCACAAGUCGCUCCGUACUUCACUGGCGGCAGCCUUCUUGGACCCCAGCAGUCUCUCAACCAGGCUGCUUACAACCAGUUUCCGGCUCCGUCGCACUACUCUGGUCUCUCUGCACCCUACUCUAACCGGACUGGCUCGCCUCACCGCAACAUGUACGGCAUGUCACAGUCAGGACCUCGUCGCGACCAGCCUCUCCACAUCGUUCUCUUCAAGUGCUCGCGUGCCGACGUCUUCUAUAUCCAGGAGGGCACUGGUCUUACCGUCAAGCCCGGUGACCUGGUGAUUGUGGAGGCCGAUCGUGGUACCGACCUGGGCACAGUGGCACGGGAUAACGUUGACUGGCAGACAGCCAAGGAGCUGAAGGAGCACUAUGCCGAAGAGCAGUACAAGUGGCUCAUGAUGUACUCGCAGAACGCGGCUGCGGCACAUGAUGGUGUCAACGCAGGUCUCAUGGCAUCGUCAAAUGGGCUCCAUGGCAGCGCCGUGGGCGGCAUGGGCCCCCCGCAUCACCACCACUUCCAGGAUCCAAAUGCGGGUGAGCUGAAGCCCAAGCUGAUCAAGCGCCUGGCUCAGAAUCACGAGAUCCUUGCCCUGCGGGAGAAGGAGGGCAACGAGGCGAGAGCCAAGCGCGUGUGUCAGCAGAAAGUCAAGGAGCAUGGCCUCGACAUGGAGAUUCUCGAUGCCGAAUUUCAGAUGGAUUGGAAGAAGCUUACUUUCUACUACUUCGCCAACACCUACAUCAACUUCAACGCUCUAGUCACAGAUCUCUUCAAGAUUUACAAGACGCGCAUCUGGAUGUCGGCGAUCAACCCAGCUUCGUUCGCGAACCCUCACCUGGGUCUGCAGGCACCCAGCGGCGUUGGCCCCGGAGCUGUGGUCAACCGUGGCCCAGCAGCUCGGCGCCAGCAGCAGCAAGAGGCGCAGCAAGAGUCACAUGCGGCCUACUCUACGUCUAAUCAACCCGGGCGUGGCCUGCUGCCAGCACCAUACGGUCCCGAACGCCCGCCUGCCCUGGGAUCCAACUUUGCGAACAACAACUACGCCUACACCAACCCGUACGCGGCAUUCGGUAACGCUGUCCUCGGAAAUAAUGCCCUUGGCAAUGCCGCCGCUGCUACGGCUGCAGCUUCCCAUCCAGCCGGCGGUAUCUCGCCGUAUGGUGCCGGCAUGACGCAGGGACUUGAUGGGUUCGGUUCCAGCACGUACCAGCAGGGCGGUACCGUCGACUUUGCUGCGCGUGCCCGGUUCCCGAGCCCGCAGCCUGCCGCGGGGGUGGCACAGCACGACCAGGCUGCGCUUGCGUCGCUUGGUGGGCAGGGUGAUUUGCUUGGUUCGUUCCAGGGCUUGUCGCUCAACUCGCGUUGA